AUGACAGACAGUGGUACAGCGCUUCCACUGCUUGGCAAGACGGCCCUGAUCACAGGUCGGCCCGCGGCAUCGGUGCUGCUGUUGCCUGGAAGCUCGCGAAUCAUCAUCCAUCACCUAACAGAAUUGAGCAGCGAUCGCGCAGCCAACCUCGCCACGCGCAUCUGCAAUCUUCCUCACAAACCCGCGGUGUUCACUUUCCGCGCUGACAUCUCGUCGCCCGCUGGCCCGAGCGGGAUCGUUGCCGCCCUGGAAGAGUGGCGUGCCCCGUCUCCUCUUAUCAUAGACAUACUCAUAAACAACGCCGGCAUCGCGCCCCCCGCCACCCUCGCCGACGUGACGCCGGAACACAUCACUUCUGUGCUAGCCACCAACCUCCAGGGUCCUCUCCUCAUGUCCCAAGCCGUCCAGCCCCACCUGCCGCCGAAAGCCCGCAUAGUCAAUAUCUCCUCCCUUGCCGCGCGCCAGGCCUUUCGUGGGCUGACCGUAUACGGCGCUAGCAAGGCCGGGCUCGAGGCCGUGACGCGCCAUCUUGCCCACGAGCUCGGCGGCAACGGCACGACCGUCAACUGCGUCACGCCGGGGACCGUCGACAGCGAGCUGCUCUGGCAGACGGAGAAGCUGAUCCCGGGUGUGGUCGACGGGAUUUGCAAGAACACGCCGCUGGAGCACAGGGUCGGCACGCCGGAAGAGUUCGCAUCUGUUGUUGCUUGGGUUUGUAGGCCUGAGGCGGGGUGGAUCACUGGGCAGGUCAUCAGUGCUACGGGUGGGCAGGCUCUCUACUGA